AUGACCGAUUCGAAUCUGCAAGGAUUGACGUGCUGGCUAAUCGACACUCGAACACUAUGGCCCGGCCAACACAUCAAGGACGCUGCUUCCAAUAUCCUGCACUUGUUAUCUCAAGAUGAGAAAGAAACCGUACUCAGAAAAAUAUUCAUCCCCGAUGCUCGAAUGUCUCUUGCCUCUGCCUUGUUAAAACGCCUCUACAUCUCAAGAGCCCUAAACAUUCCUUGGAAAGAUGUAAAAAUCGCCAGGAAAGGAGACCCUACACAUGGAAAACCAUGUGCUGCGUUACCUGAUGGUUCCUUUGCGCAUAUCGACUUUAACGUUUCUCAUCAGGCUGGCCUGGUGUCUCUUGUAGGCUGGAAUCCACCAGCUGGUAACUCGAAAACCGCUCUUGUCGGAACCGACAUCGUGUGCGUCAACGAACGAGACGACUACCGCACCAUCGACCAAGAAGGCUUUGACGCAUGGAUAGACAUCUACGAAGACGUCUUCUCGGACGCCGAGCGCUGGGACAUGAAAUACAACAUCGACUACAUCACCCUGCUCGACGGCAGAACCAUAGAAGGAAACCUGCUGGGCCGCAUCGAUCGCUGCGUCCAUCGCAACAAACCCCUCAGCAUAACUCUGCCAAGUGGGGAAACCCACUCCUUUUCCAGCGACCUCCUCAUCGAAGCAAAACUCCGCCGUUUCUACACGUUUUUCUGCUAUAAAGAAGCUUACAUCAAGUUAGCCGGAGAAGCCCUCCUCGCCCCCUGGCUCAAAGAUCUCGAAUUCCAAAACGUCAAGAGUCCAAAGCCAGGGACGGUAGCAAGAUGUUCUACAUAUGGGACCUGGGGAGAAAAACUCAGUGAUGUGGAAGUAGUGUUACACGGCGAGAAAGUCGAGGAUGUGAAAAUGACGAUACAGGCGUUUGAGGAGGAUUUCAUGUUGGCUGUUGCGGUGCAGGGGUUGCAAGGGUUGGAAGCACCGGGCUUUACGAAGUUGGAUUUGGAGAGUGAUGUGAUUGCUUUUGCGACUUGA